AUGGCCAACACGAAGACCAAGCCUUGCCUCAAGAUAAUCGCCUUGGGCGAUUCCCAGUAUGUGCUAGGCAGAUUCGGCAACUAUGCUCCUACCAUCGGCCCCGAUUUCCGGACCAAGGAGCUGCUGAUAGAUGACGUCGUGGUCUGCCUCCAAGUGUGGGACACCGCGGGACAGGAGCGGUUCGACUCGCUGGGACGAGCGUUCUAUCGGGGUACCAACGUGUGCGUCCUAGUGUACGACAUCACCAACCCGCGCUCCCUCGAGCGGCUGGACCACUGGAAGCGCAUGUACGAGGAGAGCAUGCCCGCGCAGGCCGAAGUCGACCGCACGGUCUUCGGCGUCUUUGCCAAUAAGAUGGACAUGGAGGGGCAGAGGAAGGUGUCACAGAUCGAGGCCGAGACGUGGUGCAGGGAGAACGGCGACAUGCCCCACUUCUCGGUCAGCGCCAAGGACGGCGAUGGCGUCGAGCAGGCCUUCAACACCCUCGCCAAGAAGGCCAAGCGAAUCCUUGAUGAGUGGAAUCAACAACAGCCCGUAGAGGACAGGACCUACCUGAGCGACGUGAACGCGGAUGACACCGGCGAGCAGCCUUGCCAGUGUUAG